GGUCAACAAAGUUCAACAGUCAGCCAGCACAAGGUGUCCAGUCGAGAGCACGGAUUGAAAACCAAAAACUUAAAUACGAAGCAAAACAGUUUGUGGAUAGAUAAGCCCAGGCCCAACUCAUCAACAUGAAGAUCUAUGCUCUAGCAUUGCCCGCUCUACUGCUGCUGGCGCUGGCAGCACCUGGCGAGGCCACCUUUGGCAAGCUGGGCCUGGUGGUGGGCGGCACUGGCGGCGGCUAUGGCGCAGCCUAUCCAUAUUCAGCCGGUGGCUAUGGUGGUGGCUACGGCGGCGGAUACGGCGGUGGCUACGGCGGCGGCUAUGGCUAUGGCAACGAGAACAUUGUCAAGGUGAUCAAGGUAUCGGUGCUGCCCAGCGGAGGAUAUGGCGGCGGCUAUAGCGGUGGCUAUGGAGGCGGCUAUGCCAGCGGUGGCUUCGUUGGCGCCGCUCCGGCCAUAUCCACCUCGGCCGUGGUCACGCCCGUGGUGACGUCGGUGGCAACACCUGUUAUAGCCGGCGGCAUUGGCGGUGGCUAUGGAGGCGGCUAUGGAGGCGGCUAUGGAGGCGGCAUUGGCGGCGGCUAUGGCGGCUAUGGAGGCUAUGGUGGCUACGCCGGUGGUGCAGCACUGCCCAUUUCAUAUGGCAUUGGCAAUGGCUACGGCGUCGGCGGUGGCUUUGGACUGGGCUUCGGCGCGCCCGCCGCCCUGGGCGGUGGCGGUUGGUGCUAGGCGGUGAUUACUGUAACAACUGAGAGCGACUUGUUCAUACAUAUAACACAUACGAA